UGAUAUCUUCCCCUGAAGCAAUUGGAUUCACAGAGAAAUCUCUUUUCCUCCAUUGACGACUGGAAAGAAAUUAGGUUUACAGGCAUCAAUGGACUUGGAUUCCGAGUUCCCUGUACGUUUUAUCAAGCCUAUUAUACCAGAAAAGUACGGUGGUUUGGGAGAUCGUAUGGUUUUGCCAUAUCAAUUUGUGGAAAAAUAUGGUUCUUUGGUUGGGGAUCAAUUAAAAAUGGUUGCAUGUGAAGGAGAUGGUGUAGAAUUGAAAUUUUCACAAACAGAAGGAACACUGGUUGGGAUGAAGAUAUUACUGAAUAAGUUAUCUGCAAAAGAUAUGCAAUUCCUCUAUUUCCAAUUGCAUGCUGACUUGAAGCUUUCUGUAUGUGUGAUAGAUAAAGAUACCAUUGUUGAGCAUGAAGCUGGUAUGUCGUAUUAUUUUCAAUAUAGAACAUAAAAUGUAUGUAUGGAAAAUUUUAUUAUGUUGUUUUUCAAGGUCUGUAGUGGACAAAUGUUGUAAACUGAUUCUGGUCUGUCCUAAAAUGUCGAGCACGUGCAGGGGACUGGUAAUAUGUAUAUGUGUUUGCAUUUUUUUGGGCAAAGUAAUUGUAUAAAUUAAUAGUUAUAGAUGAAUGUUUAAUGUCUUUUCCAGAAACUACCAACGAAUUUUGUAUCUAUCUUUGGAAAGACUAUGCCAAGAAAGAUUAGGUUCAAAUUAAGCAAUGGGGUUUUGGCAAAUGGUAUUUAUGAUCAAGAAACAGAAAUGUUACAACAGCUCAGAUGUGUUUGAAUUGAACUGCUUUGGUAAAGACUGUAUGGAGAAAAAACCAAUACGUAAUUGUGAUGGUUGUUUUGAAGUGAUGAUCAAGCCUUCUCAUCUGAAAGACUAUGACUUUGGUGUGACUAUUCCCAGUGAGUUCUCCAAUGUUUCUGAAAGCUGGCAGCAAGCAGAAACAAUCUUUGUGACUCAUGGAAGAUUGAAUUGGAACCUUUUAGUGAGGAAGAGAUCUGGAAGAGUUGAAAUUCUUGGCGGGUGGCCAUUUCUGUGGAAAAAACUACAUCUUACUGUUGGUGAUGUUUGCUUAUUUAUCCCUGCAGGUUCGAAACUAAUCUUUCAACUUGAAGUUUAUAAGUUUGGUUUUUGAUACAUUGAACAAUUUCUUAAUUUAAGCUUGUAGAAUUAUUUAAAACUGAUUGAG